AUGGAGGCCUCUGAAGGUGAGUCCCUAAACCAGGCUACUCGUGUCCAUACUGACAGUCUGGGUGUGGGAAACGGAGAGCAGGAGCAGACGGGCACUCUGAGAGUGAGGGUGGAGGAGAGCUGGUUUACUGUGGAGCGGGCAUUGCUGGAAAGGUGUAGCGACUACUUCUGUGCCCUCUUUCACUCCGGAAUGAUAGAGAGCCGGCAGGAUGAGCUCCAUCUCAAGGGAGGAGUGCAUGCCAACGGUUUCCUCACCGCCCUCGCUAUCUGCAGGGGGGAGGUUCCCGUCUUGACCGACCCGGAUGAACUCAUAGAAGCUGUGGAGAGUGCCGCUUUCCUCCAGGUUGCACUUUUGGCCCGGCACCUCUGUGACAUCGUUGACUCCGAUAACUGCCUAUUGCUGUACCACGCGGCCUCCAUCUUUGGCGUCCGUCGGUUGUUUCAUCGCGCCGCUCUUUUCCUUUGCGACGCUUAUGAUGAUCUGAAGGAAGCAGCAGAGAGCACAAUACCCGAGGACCUGCUAAAGUACUGCAAAUCCCUGUCCCCUGCUUCUUUUAUUGCCCUGGGCACUCAUUCUCCUUCGAUGGAACUGCUACAGGACUCCUUGCGGGUGGUCUGCUACCUUGAUGAAAAAGCAGGGGAGUGGAAGCAUCUGACAGACCUCCCCACUGUCUGUAGCACGUCCAUGGCAGGGGUGACCGUCCUCGACAACCGGCUGUACAUCGUGGGAGGAUUAUACGGUUAUGGCAAGGACAUAGUGGACAAUAGCUUCUGCUACAACCCCGAAACAGGGACUUGGGCUGUUCUACCAGGCCCUCGGCAACCGAGACAAAAUUUCACCUUGCUGGGGCACGAGGGCAAACUCUAUGUGGUCGGCGGCGAGUUCCAGAAAAGGAUCAUUUCCACGGCAGAGGUUUACAACCCCGAGACGGGGGAGUGGACCUUUAUACAGCAGGCACCGAGACCCUUAGGAUCUGCUGCUUGUGCAGUUGCCAGACGACGGAUCUUUGUUUGCUUCUGGAAGCCGCCAGACACCACGGACAUCUAUGAAUACAUACCGCGGAAAGACGAGUGGAUGCUGGUGACUACCAUGAUCAAGCCACAAAGCUACGGCCAUUAUAUGGUGGCACAUCGGGACGUCCUGUACGUGAUGCGCAACGGACCUUGCGACGACUUCUUACGCUGCCACAUAGACAGCUACAACAUCACGACAGGCCAGUGGACCGCCAUGCCGGGGCACUACGUCAACAGCAAGGGGGCGCUGUUCACGGCUACGAUAAGGGGGGACUCUGUGUUUACAGUCAAGCACACACUGACUCUCGUAUACGCCAUCGGUGGAAACGUGUGGAAACCCCACAGACAGAUGAAGGGAUUCCCAAAGAACGGCUCGCUGUGGACGUGCCUGCUCAGGCUUCCCAAAGACGGCCCACGGACGCGAUGUUCGGACGGAACCACGAGAGGGAGCAAACUCUACCUGACAGACCACUAG